GUUCAGGAGGAACAGUCAUUAUUGCGCCAGUAUAACAUUCGCUUCCAGUUCUCGGCGACGAGCCUGUCGAGUUUUCGAGACACCGUCCACGAGAUCACGAUUCACCGAGCGUGCAACGAGCGUUCCUCCUGCGUCCUUCGUGGCACGGCGAACCGCGUGGCCGUCUCGAAACGUUCAUCUCGAACGAUACGAUGAAACUGUUCUCGGGAAACGACGAAAAUGUGACCUGAGUCUGUCGACGACAGACAGCCUUGGCAAGAACGUGACACGUUUUCGCAGUCGACCGUUCAGUGUGGCACGCACUACGAUCAAAAUGCUUGUGAGAAGGACCAAUUUUCACGCGUUCUCCAGUGCGCCUGUGUCGGUACUGUGUUUGGCCCUGGUGGCGCUUCGUGUCGUCCAGGUCACGGGCCAAUUAUUGGACACGGAAUUUCAACCAACGGUUACAGCGACAUGCAAGGCCGGUCACAUGACGAUACGGGUGAAUCUCAAUCAGAGUUUCGUGGGAGCUGUUCAUGCCAGAGAUUUUCGAACGCCGCAAUGCAUGGUGCCCGGAAAUGGAUCUACACACGCGACGCUCGCCAUUAAUCUACUUGCGCCCAAAGGGUCUCCGGAUUACUGUGGUGUCUUCAUAAACAAUGACACCGAGGAACGUUCCGUUCCCAUCGCGGUGAGGAUACACAAGACCCUGGAGCUGGCGGACGAUAAAUUCUACGUGAUCACGUGCGGAAAAGCCGGAUUCAAAAACGCCAAGAACGAGACGUCGUUGGUGUCGUUGCGGCUUUUGGAGGCGGGUCACAAGGUGCAAGAGGCUAUUUACGGUCACAACUACACUUUGCGUGCCGAGAUCUCGCGACCGGACGGAAUGUACGGGAUCAAAGUGAAAUCCUGCUUCGCGUUCAACAAACGAAACACCAGUGUCCAGUUGAUAGACGACAAAGGGUGUCCCGUAAAGGCUCGAGUCAUGACGAAAUUCAUAUACGAUCGAAACACUGGCCUGGCGGAUGCGACAUUGUUCUCGAUGUUCCGGUUCCCGGACAGUCCACAAGUGCAUUUUCAAUGCGACAUCGCCGUAUGCAGAGGAAGCUGCGGUAUCCCGGUUUGCGAAGGCGAUAACGAGGAAGAAAUAAAGGGAGCGUCCUUAAUUAAUGGGCAAAGCGUGAGCGGCGAGGAAGGAGUGCUUCUCGCUGGCACGAGCGUGUUCGUUCUUGACCCUGGUCAAACGCCAUCUGUGCAGACCCUCUACGAGGACGGAAGCGUUCAUCCGUUAUGGCUGCUAUGGCUGGCAGUAGCUCUCGGCAUUUUGUUCCUCAUCAUGCUUAUAAUCAACAUAUUCCUCUGCUCGGCGAUGACCUGCAGCUGCACCAGGACCGACAUUAUCGAGAAGGAGCCGUCGAUCAUUGAGGACUACGAUCCGUAUCGUAGCUGGCAUGGCUCUCAAUAUGGCUCGAGGUAUUCCUUAAACGGAAAGCAAGGAUACGCUUCCGGAGGAUCGACGAUGAAUUCCACGAGGUCGAUCUCGACGAAUAGCGAUCACUACGCCAUAGUUCAUUCGAGACCUGGUAGCCGAUAUUCUGGUCCAGGACAGAAGCAUCAUCAUCAUCAUCGAGGGCCACCGUCAAACAUUGGCUCUCAUUAUUCCGGGAAAUAGUAUCUUGAGUUGCUGAACGAUGAUACAAUUGAACUGUUUUGUCGAUUAAUGUUCCGAACACGAACUUUUUACUAUUGUAAUAAUUUCAAUCACGUGUAACGGGUACUUCGAUUCGAUGGAAUCAUUGCUCACACAGGACAAGCUACACGAGUACCAGUGUCAGUAGAGAAUAUAAAUUGAUCCUUGACUCGAAACUGAAGCACGACUAUAGGCAUUUCAUUAACACAUUUAAACGUUUUUAACGCGUCGACUGUUUUAUCACUUUCAACUUAAAUACUUGUUACACUGCUCGUUUAAUCCGAUUAUACAAUUUCGCUACUUGGUUCUUGAAAACUGACAUUGCGAUUUACAGUAUGAACAUUAUUAAUAUCUGACUGAUAAGCAUCAAAUGUAGAAACUAGACUCAUAUUAAGUUGUUAAUAAUUUUGUAACUAUUUUCACUGAGGCAGUCAAAGUAUUAAUGAAGAAUAAUGACUUUGUUCAUUUCGCGUUAAGGAUUAAUCCACGUAGCUUGAUACGUCCUCCAUAGUUACUACUAAUAUAUUACGUGCGUAAAAAGAAUCAUAAUUCUUGUUAGAGUAUUUUUGUACUAAUUCAAGUAUCCGUAUUCUUUCCUGCAGUGAGACAAAUCUAUAGCAUAAAGACAAUAAAACGGCCAAAUUUCGUACGAACUUUGAUUAUGUUAUGCCGAGGUUUCAUUUAUUGUUAGUCUAAGCUCGAGACAAGGUUCUUCAACUAGAUCGUAUAGAUAUGUAUCAUAUAAUAGUCAUAAACGUAGGUACUUAGCACUAAUAACGUUGCGCAAUAUUGUACUUGAUUAAGCGAAAUUAGAUAAAAACUUUUGUAUAUAAAAAUCAUUGAAUGGGAAAUCAUUACUCGUAAUCGACUCAUCGAAAUCCAUGUACUUACACGCGCAACUGACACCGUCCAACUACGAGUAUUAACGAAUAAAAUUUUAUAUUUUUUAUAAGAUUUUCGAUAUUAGGAAAAAUGAUAGGAACUCGAAAUAAAACGUACAGUUUCUCCUAUCAUUGAUACAUUUUUGUAAUAACUCGAAACAUUCCAUGUUCAGCGAGUCACAGCUACGUGUCCUUCAAAUACAUUAAAAAUUUGACAUAAAAAUAUAA